AUGUCCUCCUUCGGUGCUGUGCGGCCCAUCGGGGCACGCGGCAUUUUAUCUUCAUGUCACCUACCGCUACGUGAAAAGUCCAUUGCGCCGGCUUUUCAAAGUCUACAACAGGUCCGAGGAAUGAAGAACCAGAAGAACAAGUCCAAGGGCAAGGCCGAAACCAAGUCAAGCAAACGAGGACCUCUAGAGUUCACACAGAGGAACCUGAAGGAUAUGGAACAAUUCGCCCUGUGUGAUGCUAUGCGCUAUCUCCGGGCCUUUGAGAUCGGUCGUGAGCGUACAGCCUCUAAAUACGAAGUCGCCAUCCGUAUGCGAACAAGGAGAGAUGGUCCCGUCAUCCGAAACAUGAUCCGAUUCCCCCACGCCGUCCAGACCGAAUCCCGCAUCUGUGUCAUCUGUCCGCCCGGAUCGAAGCAUGCAAAGGAUGCUCUUGCUGCUGGUGCAGUGCUUGUUGGAGAGACUGAAGUUUUCGAUGCUGUCAAGGCUGGCAAGAUUGAAUUUGACCGAUGUUUGGCUCACCCCGAGAGUGUGCCGGCAUUGAACAAGGCCGGACUGGGACGAAUCCUUGGUCCCCGUGGUUUGAUGCCUAGCGUGAAGGCCGGUACAGUUAUUGAAGAUGUUGCCUCCCGUGUGGAAAUGCUUCGCGGUGGUACGAUAUACCGUGAGCGUGAUGCUGUCAUUCGUCUCCCGAUCGGUCAAUUGGGAUUCUCGCCCGAGCAGUUGCGGGACAACCUGCGCACAACAAUUGAGAACAUCAAGAAGGAGUGUGCUGGACUCAACGAUCGUAUCAACAAAGAAAUCCAUGAAGUGGUCUUGAGCUCUACCAACGGCCCCGGCUUUAGCCUGAACGGAGAGUUCAAAACUGACGACUCCCCCGAAACCUCUGCCUUGACUGGCGUGUAA